AUGAAACAAAAAACUACUUUGAGGAAUCUACUGAAACUUUCUCUUUUUAUUGCUGGAACGAAUGCUGAUCGCCUACCAUGUCAAACAGUUCAUGCAAGACGUGCUGGGCCAACUGGGCCGAAACCCGACAUGUGCUGUGGACCAGAAAAACCCUACAACUCGGGCAUUAAGAAAUGCUGCUCGAAUGAAGACGAAACGAUCUUUUCGGUUUGGAACUUUGUUGAAAAACCGGAUCACGCCUGUUGCGACGGUUACGUGUACAACACUGUAACUCACGACUGCUGCAACAGCGAGGUCGUUAGAAAAGGAAAAUCUGAGUGUGGCAAAUGUGUCCUCUCGGAUUGGACUAGCUGGUCUGGAUGCGAAGUCGGACUCGACCCAUUUGCUGGAGUCUUUUCAUCUCGCGAACGGCAUUUUCAACCUCUACCUGGAUACGACAUUGAAGAUUGCGAAGGCGAAAUCGAAAACAUUGAGUCCAUCAUCGCCGCCUCCGCCACCGAAGGCGUCUGGGCACUCUACUCUGAGGAGCAUACCUGGCCCAGGGUCUACGUCGAAGAAAAACCCGACGACGAGGAGGGCGAUUGUACCACUCAAAUCGGUGCUCGCUUCUUGAACAAGUUCCUUCUGUCACAAGAAACUGACGCUCGUGAAUACCGAGAUCUCUUGAUCUUGGUCGACGAGAGUACUUCCAUCGGAAAGGAAAACUUUGAGAUCGUGAAGCGAACGCUUGGACUGAUGAUUGACAACUUGUGCGAUGGAAUUUCAGCUGAUACGAAUCGAGUCGCUAUGUUGAGAUACUCUUCUGAUGUCAAGGAAGACCUCAAUUUCAUCGAUGGCUCGAACGAACCUAAAGUCAUGCGAAACAUCCAGCGAUUGAACUACAAGCCAAUCACUGACGACCGACAUGGCAGUACUUACACCGCUCAUGCUAUGGACAAGGCCUUGAAGACCAUCUUCACCUCCGAAGCCGGCUGGAGGAAUGGAACAACUGAAGAUGGCAUCAAGGUCCGAACCGAAGUCGUGAUCAUCACCGAUGGCGAGAGCAACGAUCCCGAUGGCACAUUCACCAUCAAAGGUCAAAAGGUCAAAUACGACGAAUACGGCAUCAAAGUCUACGCUCUCGGCGUCGGCGACAUCCACAAGGACGAAAUCCGACAACUCACAAGCAUGGACGACGAUUCAAUCUUCUACCUCAUGAGCUGGAAAGAUCUCGCUGCCUUCAACAAGAUUAUCGAAACUCUUAUUGAAACGCACUCGGAAGAGGAUCGAUGCGUGCCCUUUGAUGUCAUGAAGGAUUCAAGCUCGAAACUCAGCCGAGUCCAGUGGAUCGAGGAGAAGGAAAAACUGCACAAGCCUGACUUUCCAAUCAGCUCAAAGUCGCUUGAUGAUAUUGUCCUGAUGUCACGAGCAAACUUCAAAGCUGAACAGCGAGAAAAGAAGAUAGAGCAAAGACGUCAGCUCUUGAAAACGAACCGCGAACAGAACCGAAUCCAGAGAACAAGACAAGAGGAGGAAGAGAUCGAGGACAUCGACGAAAUCUCAUAUUUCCGAUCAUUGCCCGGACGCUAA